AUGUCUCUCAGAACGCUGCUGCUCCUGGCUGCCGCGCACCUCGCGCAGGCUGGCGAUUUCUCCCACGCCCUCUUCUACAAAAAUGUCGACUCGGAGACGGCCCGACGCGUAGCCUCGAUCAAGGGCCUCGCGGCGGCGGGCAACGACGGCCCCCUCGUAAACGACCAGGGCUUUUGGUUCGCCCACUUCGCCGUCGGGGCGAGUCCCGACCUCGAGAUGCUCGUCGACACGGGGUCGUCCGACGUCAUCCUCAACCCGGGCUCGUACAAGCCGUCGCCGGAGUCCGUCGACGCGAAGCGCACAUUCAGAAUCUCCUACGCCACCACGAACCCCGACGGAUCGGGGACCCUGACGACCUCGGGCAGCGUCUACCGAGACGUCGUCACGCAGCUGUCGGCAAAUCUCAGCGUGGCCGACCAAACGCUCGGCGAGGCGCGCUAUCCAGCCUCGCCACCCGUGUUCCCGCACGACGGCCUCAUCGGGUACGCAGGCCAGGACGGCAGCGCCCUCCGCGGCGCCCCCUUCAUCGACAGCCUCUGCAGCGGAGGGGCCCUGUCGUCGUGCCGCUUCGGCAUCGCCCUCGACGCCAACAAGACGGGCGCUCUGUACUACGGCGCCGUGGCGACCCACGCGCUCGCCGGGGCGCUGACCACGGUCCCGAUCCAGCGCGAGUGGGUGGUCGUCGGCGCCGUGACGGCCGGCGGGAGGGCGGUGCAGUCCGGCGCCAGCAUCGUCACCGACUCCGGCACGACCGUCAUCUUCGGACCCACCGACCAGGUCGGCAACCUCUUCCGGCAGGCCGGCAUCCGGGCCGUGCAGACGAGCGCCGGCUUGACGGGCCACUACAACUGCAGCGCCCCGCCGGCCAUUGGCUUCUCGUUUGGCGGCAAAAACUUCGACCUUCUCCCCGCGGCGCUGGCGUUUGCCAAGGACGGCGACGACUGCACCGCCGCGGUGCACGGGUCCGAUGCCUUUGGGGGCAGAUGGCUUGUUGGCCAGGCCUUCUUCCAGGGCAGGUAUAUCGACCACAAUAUCGCCGAUGCGACCAUGGGCUUUGCCGAUUUGAAGUAG